ACGGAUCUCUCUCUCUCUCUCUCUCUCUCUCUAGAACUAUAAUCCACUUUCAUACUGUAGUCCAUAAAGAGAGAGGUUCGAGAUAAAACUCAUCUUCUUCUCUUGUCUUUUUUUUGGAACAGACUUCUUCUCGUGUCUUUGCUCUGCACUGUCACUUGAGCUUCACGACGAUAUCACGGGAACUUUCACGGUAGCCAAAUGGGAACUCAGUUGCUUAUGCUCUUUUCAAUGGCAUAUGUUGUCUUCUUCUUCUGCUGCUGCUGUUCUAGUGUAUCUUCUUCUUCAACUUCUUCUGCAAAAGUUACAAAAGCAGCAAGGAAUAGUAUCUCGGCGGUGGGAGACCCUGGAAUGGGAAGAGAUGGGUUGAGGGUAGGCUUUGAAGCUUGGAAUUUCUGCAAUGAAGUUGGCAAAGAAGAAGCCCCCUCCAUGGGUAGCCCCAGAGCUGCCGAUUGUUUUGAUCUUUCCUCCCCAAAUGUUGUGAUUCUAUGUUGUAAAGGGGCAAAUCUCUCUCUGAAUCACAAAGUAACAGAGGCCGAUAACAAUCUUGGGGUUGGGAAGGACUUCCCCGGAUUGAGCCCAAAAGCUCUAAACAAUCCAGACCUUUAUGCGGCCGAGAAGGAGUUAUAUCUGGGUUCUUUAUGUGAAGUUGCCGACACUACUACUCCAAAAAACCCAUGGCAAUUUUGGAUGAUUAUGUUGAAAAACGGCAAUUAUGACACUAAAUCUGGUUUGUGUCCUGAGAAUGGGAAAAAGGUACCCCCUUUCACUCCUGGGAGAUUUCCGUGUUUCGGAGAUGGGUGUAUGAAUCAACCCCUCUUGUAUCAUCAGCCCACGAGUUUAUCGACUAAUGGUACAAUGAGAGGUGGAUUCAAUGGUACCUAUGAUUUGGGUUCCCAUAUUACUAGCGGGAAUAUGGGUGCUGGGAUCUCUUAUUUUGAGGUAAUUUGGGAGAAGAAAGUUGGUGUUGGGAGUUGGGUUUUUAGUCACAAACUCAAGACCACGAAGAAAUACCCAUGGCUGAUGUUGUACCUUAGAGCUGAUGCUACCAAAGGUUUAUCUGGAGGUUACCACUAUGACACCAGAGGAAUGCUCAAAACUCUUCCAGAGUCACCUAAUUUUAAGGUUAGAGUGAGAUUGGAUGUGAAGAAUGGGGGUGGAGCUAAGAGCCAGUUUUACCUAAUAGAUAUGGGGAGUUGCUGGAAGAACAAUGGUGCACCCUGUGAUGGAGAUGUGCUCACUGAUGUUACCAGGUACAGUGAGAUGAUCAUCAACCCUGAAACUCCAGCUUGGUGCAGCUCUUCGGGUCUGGGGAACUGUCCACCAUUCCACAUUACUCCAAACAACACAAAGAUUUACAGGAAUGACACUGCACACUUCCCUUACUCGGCUUAUCACUACUAUUGUGGUCCCGGGAAUGCCCAAUACUUGGAAAAGCCUUACAGCACUUGCGAUCCAUACAGUAAUCCUCAGGCACAGGAGCUGGUUCAGUUGCUGCCUCAUCCGAUUUGGGCAGAGUAUGGAUAUCCAACUAAACAAGGAGAGGGUUGGGUUGGGGAUGCUAGAACUUGGGAGCUUGACGUUGGUGGUCUUUCAAGUCGCCUCUACUUCUAUCAGGAUCCAGGAACUACUCCUGCAAGAAGAAUAUGGACAUCUCUUGAUGUGGGAACCGAAAUUUUUGUUAGUGACAUAGAUGAAGUGGCAGAAUGGACUCUGAGUGAUUUCGACGUUAUUUUAACGCCCCCCACAUAAUUCUGACAAAAUAUUUAAUUUUGUCAUGCGGCUUGAGUGGGUAGCAUAGUUUUCUUUGGAAAUAGGGAGAUGCUAGUUAGCUGCAUCCAUGUAGAAGAGUUUCUGCUAUAUAAGAGAAGCCAAGCAAUUAAGCCCUCCCAAAAGGGCAGGAGGGAGAGCUUCUUUGCUGUUUGUUGUGUUAGGCAUACACUGUACUCAUUUAACCAAUUCAUGUACAAUCUCAAAAGCAAAUAAAGAAUUUCAAUUUGAAGAUA